AUGGAUUGCAUUCCUCGGGUGACGUUUCUUGGACCAAAAGAGCAAUGGCGUGUUGAGCAGCACCGUUUUCAAAACUUGUUUUCCGUCCCCGAAGAUGCCAUAUUUCGCUGGCUUUCUGUACUUGAAAAAACGCACUCUUACUGGCUGGAGGAAGGUAUUUCCAUUGAUAGUUCGUGGUGCCGACGUGCGGCACUGAGAGAAUUGGAGAAACAAAUUCGAGAAAAUGUUGUUGUGGAGGCAUCGGAU